AUGUGUAGUGAAGCUAGCAAAGUUCUUCUUGCUGAAACAUGGUCAGAAGAUGUUGAUCCAACUGGAUGGUGGAUGAGUGAGAAGCUCGAUGGUGUUCGAGCAUAUUGGAAUGGAAAAAAUUUUUACUCUCGUCAAGGAAAUCUUUUUCAUGUUCCUGAUUUUUUCAAGGCUACUCUUCCUAAAGUCGCACUUGAUGGAGAAAUAUGGUGCGGACGUGGUUUAUUUCAAAAAUGUGUUAGCAUUGUAAAAAAACAAGCCAAUAAAGUUGUACCAGAUGAUUAUAAACUUUUAACAUAUUUAAUUUUUGAUGCACCAACUCAAGGAGGAAAAUAUGAAGAUCGUGUUAAAUGGUUACAAGCAAAUAUUCCACAAGAUGAUGAUAAAUGUUUUGCAACAGUUGUCGGUAUUAAAAAAUGUGAAGGUUUAGCACAAUUGAAACAAUAUUUAGCUGAUGUUAAUAAAGCUGGUGGAGAGGGUAUUAUGCUUCGUAAACCAGGUAGUCUUUACGAACAUAAACGUUCAACAACUUUACUUAAAGUAAAAACAUUUUAUGAUGAAGAAGCGUAUGUAAUUGGACAUAAGCCUAGUAAAAGUUUAAUAGGUAUGACAGGUGCACUUGAAUGUGAAUUACCUAAUGGAAAACGAUUCGAUGUUGGUAGUGGACUUACGAUGGAUCAACGUCGAAAACCACCAAAAAUUGGUUCUGUUAUUACAUUUAAAUUUCAAGAAUUAUCUAAUAAUGGUCAUCCACGGUUUCCUACAUUUCUUCGAGUUCGUACUGAUUUAACAUGGAAUGAUGUACUCGAAGCAGCUAAAACAAAAAAACCAGUUAGUACAAUACAAAAAAUUGUUCCAUCAGCUAAAUUAUCGAAACAACAUUCAAUAUUAUUUUCUGUUGUUCCAUCACGUGAUGCAACUACAAAUAAAAAAAUUGUCACAUCGGAUGAUGAAGAUGAUGAUGCACCAUCAACAACAUCAUCACCAUCGAAAACUACAGAUACACGUAAAAUAUGUCAAUAUGGAGCAAAAUGUUAUCGAACAAAUGCUGAUCAUUUAAAAAACUUUCAACAUCCAUCAUCAACACCUACUAAAACAACACAACCAGAAACGACAACGAAACCUGUUUGUACCUUUGGUGCCAAAUGUUUUCGUACAAGUUCAGUACACUUAGCUACUUAUUCUCAUCCACCUAAAAGUGAAAAUAAAGAUACUACUGGUGAAGAUGAAGCACUUGAUACACGUGAAUUAAUGGAGAAUGAAGAACCUGCUUCACCAACAACCACUGAUAAUUUAUUAGCUAAAGAUAAAAACAAAGGUCUCACAUUCGAUGAUGACGUUGAUGAGGAUAAUAAUCAAGAUCAAGAAAUGGUUACUCGUCCAAAAAAAGAUUGGAUAAAUCUUGAAAACAAAGUUAACGAACAAACAAAAUGUCUAGCUCAUCUUGAAGAAAUAUUCAAGAAAACAAAACGAUCAAAUUCAACAAAUGAUGACAAUCAAGAUAAUGUCAAACGUCCUAAAACUGAUUAA